AAGAAAAGAAAAGAAUGAGGUGGUUUUGAACAUUUCUUCCACUACUUUGUAUCAAAAACCACACCUUGUUUUUCUCUCUCUACACUGCUCUUGUGUAGCCCCUUGACGAGGGUUUUCAUCAAAUCUAUCCAUCUUUAGAUUCACAGAUUGACAUUUCUGCAGGCAAAUCUCGUCAACUUCAAAAUGACCGCUUCUUGUUGGGAUAAACUUUAUGGCUAGUUUACUCUGCAUGCAAAAGAGGACUAAAGGAAAUUAUGCCAAUGCAUAAAAUGGAGGAUGAUAACGGACUUGAGCUUAGCUUGGGUCUAUCUUUUGGUGGAUCUUCUGCCAAAUCGAAGGGUAAAAGUGGUAGCUCUUCUGAUAUUAGAACAGAAGAAGGUGACAAAGGAAUCAAACUCGUGGAUGAUUUUAAAAACUUUCUUCAAGCUGGCACCCAGAAACAAGACUCAAGUACUGGCUCUCAAAGAAGUGAUUCAGUGAAACCUAAGGAGAACUUCUUUAAUGACCUGUCUAAUGCCAAUGUUGAUGUAGAUGCUUCGGUGGACUUGAAUGGGAAAGGACUCUGGGCUGCAAAUAGCAACAAACCUACCGAGAUAGAAGAGGUAAAACGGGCUGAGGCUGGUAAUAAACGCACUAUGUUGUUUGAUGAGAUGAACCAUCAGAAGAAGCAUGAGAGAGAAGCUCAUUAUGCUGAUAUAAAUGACAAGACAAAAACGUCACACAUUUCUAUAACAACAGAAGAUGGUUCAACUGCUGAAAAUGAAGAUGUUGCUGAGUCUGAAGUUGAGGGCUCAACCUCAAGGUUGGUUUCACUGCAUGAUGAUGGCUCCAAAAGGUACAUAGGAGUUGGUUCUUCUGAUGUUCAGAAGGAGGGUCGUGGAUUUCCUGAUUCAAAGGUUGUUGACCCAAAUGGGCAAAAGAGGUUUCAUAAUUUAUCAGAGAAUGAAUUUAAGCUUGGGAACAUGACAUAUGGCAGCCCAUUCUCAAUGCAAUCGGUGAACAUGAUUAAUGUGCCUUACUCUUUGAAGGAGUCUAACUCUGUCAGUACACCCAGCACAUCAGGCCAUCUGCUGCCCGGAAUGAUGCAGGUGAUGCCUACAGCAAAUGGUGAGCGACCAGGGCCUCAACCUGUGAAUCCUGGAAACUUGCCAGUAAUGUUUGGCUAUUCACCUGUCCAGCUUCCAAUGUUGGACAAGGAUAAUUCCUGGGGUAUGGCUCAUCCUCAGCAGUUUCACCCCUCCUAUGCUGGCAGAGUCCCACCAAACCCAGGUGGGAUGCAAGUGACUUCGCACAAUGCAUCUGAGGCUACCCAAUUUGAUGGGAGGGCGAUAGAAAGGGGCAAGGGUGAUGGUAAACAUCAUGUCAAUGAAGAGGGUUCCUCUUCUCAGGCAGAAGAGGAUGUGAAAGGAAGCAGCACAAACCUCAGAGCAAAAGAUGCCCCUGACCAAUCCACAGCAGAAGCCUUUUCUAUUGAUUUUUCAGCUAUAAAGCCGGGUAUCGCUGCGGAUGUGAAGUUUGGAGGAUCUGGUUCCUGCCCAAAUCUGCCUUGGGUGUCUACAACAGGUUCAGGCCCAAAUGGUAAGACAAUCUCAGGUGUUACUUAUCGAUUCAGUGCAACCCAAAUCAGGAUUGUUUGUGCUUGCCAUGGUACCCACAUGUCCCCUGAAGAGUUUGUUCGGCAUGCUAAUGAGGACCCUUCUAAUCCUGAGAGUGGAAAUGGCUUGGCAACAUUUCCAAGUAGCAAUCCUGCUGCCUCUGCCCAGAGCUGAUUUUGUAUCAUGCUUGUUAAAGUAACCUAAUAUGAAUCAUUGAUAAAUGAUUGAAGGAAAGCAUGGCAAUGGCUGGCUUUGUUGAGGCCACACGCCCUUCUUCCUUCUUUCACUGUGCUUGCUUAGUUGUUUUUUAUUUUUAUUUUUAUUUUUAUUUUUAUUUUUAUCGUUUCUUAGUUACUGCGGUAAAGUAUUGCAGGUGUAUGUAAUAAUGUUUGUGCUUAAUUCCUUGUCAAAUAGUAAGGCUAAAGCGUUUUAGCUCUACAGUAAGUAGUUCUAGAGGAAAAAUGUUGUUACUUGUAAUGUAAACUAGCCCUUGAACCGUCCAAUGCUCGAGAAUCUUAAGGUUUCAAAUGAAUGUUUCUCUAGAAAUUUUGUUAUC